GGUAUGUAAGUCUCGUCAUGUGACCACCGAUAUUUCACGAGAUCUCCAACUUCCGGGUACAUACAAAAAAUCAGAAUGGCUAUAUCAAUAAUGUACUGGUCUAACUACGUUGAAUCGCACGUUAAAUUAAGUCGAAAGAGUGAAGCAUCGGUUGAAAGCGACAGGGUAUUGAAAUUCUUUAUGGACGAACUGCGUGUAAUCCGUGCCAGCGUCCAGGCUUCGAUGAAAAAUACAUCAUACAAUGUUACGAUUCACCUUGAACCAGAGGACAAUGGUGUGAUACAAUCAUCGACGUGUCAGUGUCCAAUGAGGGAAUUCAAAUGUCAUCAUGUGGCUGCUGCUUUACUGUUUGGAUACAAGAGAGCGAGCAAAACUGACAUUAAGUGUUCCUGGAUCAAGCGUCCGAAAUCCGCACCACCCAAGAAAACUGUGACGAUGGCUGAAAUGUAUCCACCAAAUCAGCCUGGAUACAGGUAAAGAGCAAAAGAAUUUUAAAAUGAUUAAAAAAUGUCAUCUCAAAGCUAUUAUUUUGAAAUAAUAAAAUUGUGUACUGUAUAUAAUUCUUUUUCGAACCAUCCUAGAUCUAUUCAUUAACUCAUGAGAAUAAUUGUUUUCAUAAUUAUUUUUUAAUGCAAUGUACCUUUUUUUACUCGUUACUCAGGGCUCUAAACAGAUCUGUCUCAGAUGAUGACAGAACUUUUAUUUAUAAACAACUUGGACAGUUGGGUCGCUUUACAGGUUCGCAUAAGUGGUCCCUGUUAGAAUGUUUUGUUCCUGUUAUCAUGAUUUUUUCCUGUUAGCAUUUUUGGUUACUGUUGAGCGGUUCCAGUUAGUAUGAGUAUUUCAGGUAUGUGCUUUAAAGCGUUUGAAUAUAUAUGUAUAUGUUAAGCAAUAAUUUUCACGUAAAAAAAUUAUGCUGUACAAAUAGUGAGAUAUUACUUAUU